CUAUAGGUCACAUGUUUUAACCCCCGGAUUAACAGUCAGGCCUUUGGUGGAGACGGUAAUCAAAGCUCAAGUUCCCAGGUCUGCUUCAUUAAAGGGAUUUUUGGUAUCCUGAAAAAUUUGACGUAGAGGAAAACCUGACUUGUGCCAAGCAAAGCCCCACAGCAUGGAACCACAGGUUACUCUAAAUGUGACUUUCAAAAAUGAAACUCAAAGCUUUCUGGUUUCUGAUCCAGAAAAUACAACUUGGGCUGAUGUUGAAGCUAUGGUAAAAGUUUCAUUUGAUCUGAACACUAUUCAGAUAAAAUACCUGGAUGAGGAAAAUGAAGAGGUAUCCAUCAAUAGUCAAGGAGAAUAUGAAGAAGCACUUAAGAUGGCGGUUAAGCAGGGAAACCUACUGCAGAUGCAAGUCCAUGAAAGCUCCCGGCUUGUCGAGGAAGCCCCACUCCCAGCCGUAGCAGAAAAACGACCAGUUGUGAGGGCAGGGAAGAAGCCACUUACCCAUUAUUCUUCACUGGUGAGAGUCUUAGGAUCAGACAUGAAGACCCCAGAGGAGCCUACAGCACAGCGGCUCCCACUUGCUCCCCAUGACACAGACCAGCCUCAAGACAAGCCCCCGGACUGGUUCACGAGCUACCUGGAGACAUUCAGAGAACAGGUGGUCAAAGAAACAGUUGAGAAACUGGAACAGAAAUUACAUGAGAAGCUUGUCCUCCAGAACCCAUCGUUGGGUUCCUGUCCCUCAGAGGUCUCCAUGCCUAUUUCAGAGGAAACACUGUUUCUGCCGGAAAACCAGUUCAACUGGCAUAUUGCUUGCAGCAGCUGCCAAAGAAGGAUCUUUGGUGUGCGCUACCAGUGCAGCCUAUGCCCGUCCUACAAUAUCUGUGAAGAUUGUGAAUCAGGGCCAUAUGCCCAUGACUCCAACCACAUCCUGCUGAAGCUACGGAGACCUGUUGUGGGUUCUUCUGAAGCAUUCUCUCACCCAAGGUUCUCUGCCCCUCGUCUUCCUGCUGCUCUGGAACAAGCCAGGCUCCAGAAACAGGUUGACAAGAACUUUCUUAAAGCAGAAAAGCAAAGGUUGCGAGCUGAGAAGAAACAGCGAAAGGCAGAGGUCAAGGAACUCAAAAAGCAGCUUAAGCUCCACAGGAAGAUUCACCUGUGGAGUUCCAUCCACGGACUCCAGAGCCCCAGGUCCCCUUUGGGCCGACCCGAGAGCCUGCUGCAGUCAAACACCCUGAUGCUCCCUUUGCAGCCCUGUGCCCCAGUUAUGCCAACCCUCAGUGCAGCGUUUGUGGAUGAGAAUUUGCCUGAUGGGACUCACCUUCAGCCAGGAACCAAGUUUAUCAAACACUGGAGGAUGAAAAAUACAGGAAACGUCAAGUGGAAUGGAGACACAAAGCUCAAGUUCAUGUGGGGAAACCUAACUUUGGCUUCUACAGAAAAGAAAGAUGUUCUGGUUCCCUGUCUAAAGGCCGGCCAUGUGGGUGUUGUGUCCGUGGAGUUCAUCGCCCCAGCCUUGGAGGGAACGUACACUUCCCAUUGGCGUCUUUCUCACAAAGGCCAGCAGUUUGGGCCUCGGGUCUGGUGCAGUAUCAUAGUGGAUCCUUUCCCCUCCACAGAGAGCCCUGAGAACAUUGAAAAGGGCAUGAUUAACUCAAGCAAAGCUGAUGAGCUCACUUGCCAGCAAGAGGAAGCUUUUCUUCUGGCUAAAGAAGACAUUCAGCCUGAUGAAGUAACUCAGCAGUCACAAGGGACAGGAACCUGCAUCCCACAGAAGACAAAAAAUGUUGCCAGUGAGAGGGAGCUUUACAUCCCCUCCGUGGAUCUACUGACUGCCCAGGACCUGCUGUCCUUUGAACUGUUGGAUAUAAACAUUGUCCAAGAGUUGGAAAGAGUGCCCCACAAUACUCCCGUGGAUAUGACUCCCUGCAUGUCUCCUCUGCCGCAUGACAAUCCUUUAAUAGAGAAGCCAGGCUUGGGGCAGAUACAGGAAGAGAGCGAAGGGGCAGGAUUUAAAGCACUUCCCGAUCCCACAGCAUCAGUUAGGAGGAAGGCUGAUAACAUUUCCUCAGUGGAGGAAGCAGAAGAUGACCUGAGUGGGACCCAGUUCGUGUGUGAGACUGUAAUCCGAUCCCUUACCUUGGAUGCUGCCCCGGAUCACAAACCACCUUGCAGACAGAAAUCCCCACACAUGAAAUUUCCCUCCCCUGAAGAGGGACCACUUGGAGUUGAGCAGGAGGAGGUUGUCCAUAUCGCUGAAGAAGCUGUUGUGGAGGAGGAAGCUAUUGUGGAGGAGGAAGUGGAAGAGGAGGAGGAGGAGGAGGAAGAGGAUGAUGAGCUCAAAGAUGAAGUUCAGAGUCAGUCCUCUACUUCUUCAGAGGAUUACAUCAUCAUCCUGCCUGAGUGCUUUGACACCAGCCGCCCCCUGGGGGACUCCAUGUACAGCUCUGCACUCUCACAGCCAGGCCUAGAGCGCGGGGCUGAAGGUGAACCUGGGGUUGAGGCUGGGGAGAGAGUCGCUGGAGGGGAGAACCAGCCGCAGGGACAGAGCAUCAACGACAUCCUCAUGACCUCACAGACUCUGGACACCGUGCCCCUAACCCCAGAGGUGGUGGGGCCUCCACCACAGCUGCCCAGGAGCCCUUCUUGUGCACAGCAUGAUGGUUCCCCAGGAGUGGAUUUACCAGUCACCAUACCAGAAGCUUCUUCAGUCCCUGAUCAGAUCAGAGGAGCUCUUUUGCUUUUAGAGCCCAGAGGCUCAUCAGGAAUUGUAAACAGCAGACAGAAGAGCUAUGACCACUCAAGACACCACCACCAUGGGAGCAGCAUUGCUGGAGGAUUGGUGAAGGGGGCUUUGUCUGUUGCUGCUUCUGCAUACAAGGCCUUGUUUGCUGGGCCACCAGUCACUGCCCAGCCAAUAGUUUCUGAAGAUCAGACAGCAGCCCUGAUGGCCCAUCUCUUUGAAAUGGGAUUCUGUGACAGGCAGCUGAACCUAAGGCUGCUGAAGAAACACAAUUACAACAUCCUGCAGGUUGUGACAGAACUGCUUCAGGUCAACAACAAUGACUGGUACAGCCACCGCUACUGAGGAGUGACCCUGUAUUAAAUAACUGCCUGCUGCUCAGAGAUGAUCUUUAUUCUGUCCUUGGGGCAUGGGGGAGAAGCCCUUGCUUAUUUUUUAAUCCGAUGAAUCUAUAUAGAGCCCAUUAUUGAGUUAUCAAGACAGCACCCGCAUUACAGUAUUUUUUGGAGCAAAUGAAAGACCAGGACUUCAACAGAGACAUUGAGUUGUAGGAAAACGGUUUUUCAGUUGAGUUGGAUAAAGCUCCUCUCUCCAUUUUAGUGCAUUGAAGAGUAUAACUUGAACUUUCUAUAGAACCAUUUUUCUUUCUGCUUGUAUUGAAGUUGAGUAUUUUUCUUUGGUGAAAUGUGGAUGUUUCUAUGGGGAUAUCUGUUGGCAGUUUUUAAAAGAAAUUAACCUUGGAAGUUGUUUUCAAGAACUCUUAACAAUUUUUCUAGCCUACCCCAAGCCUCAUAGCUAUACGGGAUUGAAAUGACACCCAGAGCCCCAAAGGAAUGUUGUUACUCUUCCUUUCUCCAGGACAAAGUCCUUUCCCUUGUAACACUGAGUAAUGGACCGCUGUUGUCUAAAGACCCCACUGGUACAUUCAAGAUGAUCCACCUUCAGGAUCUCUGCACUUCAGUGAAAGGAGGAGGGAGUGUGCUCAUUAACCCACCAGCACCUGUCGAGCAGUGUUUACUGUAGUAAUUUUGCAUACAUUUUUCUUUAUUUAAGGGAACAAAUUUAAGUAGGUAGUGUGGAAUAUUUUGCUAAUCCUAUAAGGGAGGAGAAAACUUCUAUUAAAGGGAAAAUAAAUGUAACGGUUACCUUUUUUCUUAAUGUCAAGGCAGAUGUUAUUUACAGUCAAGUGAGGGGAGAUAGAAACAUGAAAGGCAGGGCCCUACAUUAAUCUGUAAAGUUAGUUCAGGGGCGGGCAAAUGUGUGUGUGAGGCAUUAGAGAUCCUGACGACUUCUGAAUGUUUGAAAUCUGCUCAAAGGUAUCUAGAACGGGGCGGCUGUUUUGCAAAACUUGGAUGGGGGCAAAAUCUGAAAAAGUUUUGGUUUAACCCCAAAAUGAAUGAAAAAGCUUGCUGCCUGUGGCCCAGGUCCUCAUUCUGUUUAUAGAAAGGAGUCUUUGGUACAAUCGGUGGGAAAAAAAAGGUAACAGAAAACACUAAAAGCUAGUAUUCAUGAAAAUGACUUCCAGAAAAAGACCCUCAUCCAGGUGGAGGAAGGGUAGUAAACUAGUAUUAUUUAACCUGGUUGGUAUUUAUAAUGGUAAUGUUAAUUAAUCAUUAGCCAUCACGAUGUUUAUUUACAGUAUAAUUCUUGACCUAUUAAAUAAACCAAAAUUCAGACUGCAA